AUGUCAUUUAUUGGAAAAGUCUUCCUUCUUGCAGCCCUUCUUGGAUACAGCUACCUCCUAUUAACAGAUCCUGCCUUAGGCAAAAAGUUUGAAACCAAAUAUGCUAGUUUCUAAGAAUAAGCUCUUGUCAAGCAAUACAUCCCAGCUGAUGUAUUCAAACACGUACCAGCAUUAUUAGCUAAACAAGUUGUUUCAGGUCUUUUAGCAAGUAGUCCUCUACUUUUUAUUUGUGGAGGCUUCGCCGUAUUCCCAGUUCUUGGUUUGUUGCUUCAAAUCACUAUAUAAAGCAAUCCCUUGUUUAGCGCUGAUCAAUACACAAAGAUCGAUUGUUUGAAGCUCGUAGCUUUGAUUGGAGGAGUAAUUGUUUGGGCUUCAUCCAGAUGUUGUUCUAAACAGACACCUAAACCAAAAACAGAGUGA